AUGUACUCAAAGUUUCAUCUUAUUGAAGAAGCAGAGAUGGUGUUUAGGCUGAUUGUGGAGAGAGAUGUUAUUUUGUGGAAUACUCUUAUUAUUGCUUGUUGUCAUUGCGAUGAUGAGUCUAACGUUUUAAGUGUUUUUAGGGAGAUUGUGAUGGACACGAAUGUGAAAGCCGAUGAUUUCACUUAUGCCAGUGUGCUUUCUACAGCUGCUGGUCUAGCUUCCAUGUGUCAUGGGAGGGAGAGUCAUGCUCAUUUAAUUAGGACCAGGUCAGUGUGGGAUGUGGGUGUUGGUAAUGCACUUGUGAACAUAAACCAAAUGUAUAUUUCUCUGCCAAGGCCGAUGACUUUCAAGGUGAUUUCUCAGAUGACUGUUGUUGAGGUUUUUGAUGGGAAAAAACAAGGGGGCUGCAAAGUUCUUUCAAAAGAGGCUGCUGCAGGCUGCCACAAGGCAGCUACAGGCUGCGCAGCGGCAGCAGCAGCUGCUGCUGCACAGAGCAGCCACGCAAUUUCAAAUAUGCAAACUGUAUAA